AUGCACGAAACAGCAGCGUCCUCAUUAAUUAAGUCCAGCAAUGGUGAGCUUACCAUUGAAAAUAGCCUUGGCAGUGGUGGUAUGGGUGUUAGUGAAUUUACAACACCUACAGUCACACAUGUAAAUACAAUGGCCGCAAUCGAUUGCAACGAACAAACCGCCAAUAAAACUUUACACCCACAUAAAGUGACCAAAAACAAUUGCAAUAAUAGUAUAAAAACAGCAACAACAACGCAUGCCGGAGAUGCCAACGAAAUUGCAAAUUUAAUUGUAACACCAACAACAACACAUGCAAUAACCACUACAACACCGCACUGUAAUGAAUCAUCAUCAGCGUUAUCAUCAGCAUCAGCAGCGGCGCCGUUAAGUACAAUACCAAUUGAAGCGUACACAGACUCGGCGGCAGCAUCAGUCGCGACAACCGCAAACGCGCAAAGUGGUGUCGAAGAGACAGUGACAGCAGCCACACCAAUUAGUGAUUUUUAUCGCAACGCCACUAUACUCAUCACCGGUGGCACCGGCUUCGUUGGUAAGGUGCUGACACAAAAACUGUUGCGUGCAUUUGAGUUGCGUAGAAUUUAUAUGCUAAUCCGUUGCAAGAACGAUGUGUGCGUCGAGGAGCGUUUGGCGAAUUUUCUUCGUGAAUCGAUAUUUGAUGCUAUUCGCGUUGAACAACCAGAGCUGUUGGAGAAGGUGCAUGCUGUGCGUGUGGAUUAUAGCGCACUGGAUUUGGGUAUAUCGCCAGAAGAUAGGGAAAAGCUGUGCGAAGACGUGGAGAUCGUUUUCAAUGUUGUUGCUUCAGUAAAAUUUAACGAAAAACUCAGUGAUGCCAUCGAUAUAAAUGUUUUGGGUACAAAAAAGAUACUAGAUCUCUCAAUGGAAAUGAAAAACUUAAAGUCUUUUGUACACAUCUCCACACUCUACUGCAAUUGCAAUAGGAAAUACAUCAAAGAACGUGUAUAUGAGAGCGAUAUUGGCUACGAGAAAAUCAUGCAGAUUUUUCGCAUCUUCGAUGAUGAAACACUGGAAAAAUUUCGCCACUGUCUGAUUGGCGGUAUGCCUAAUACAUAUACGAUGACCAAGAAGUGCGCUGAGAAUUUAGUAAAUCAUCGUGCAUUUUUUAUGCCAGCGGGUAUAUUUAGACCGCCAAUAGUUAUGUCAACCUACAAGGAUCCAUUUCCCGGCUGGACUGAUAAUUUGUAUGGGCCAUCAGGUUUGUGCACUUGGUCGGCGCGCGGUCUGGUGCGCUGCAUCUACGGUCGGGCAAAUUGCAAGGCCAAUAUGGUGCCGGCAGAUUACUGUGUCAAUGCAAUGAUUGCCAGUGCAUGGGAUAUAGCGAGAAGAUUUUUAUUGCGCAAAAGUGAUACGGAAUCCAAGGAGGAAUUACCUGUCUACAAUUACAUUUUCGAUCGGAACAAUUUAACAUGGGGCCAAUAUAUGCGAAUGUCGCGUGAGGGAUUUCACGAGCCAUUUGACAAGGCAUUGUGGUGUUUCUCGUACAUUAUAAUUCCAUCAAAGCCACUACACUACGCCAUUGCAUUUUUCCUACACAAUAUACCGGCUUAUAUAUUAGAUUUUAUUGCUAUGGUAACGGGACGUAAGAGCAUCUAUAUAAAAGCGUAUCGUAAAAUCUCGCGUGUCAUUUAUAUGAUGUCUUGGUUUGGUUUGAAAGAAUGGCAAUUCGCCCACAAUAAUAUUGAUGAAUUGGAUGCGAUGGUUUGUAAGACAGAUGAGAGGAAUUUAUUGCAAUUCAAUAUGGCUACGAUUAAUUGGAGGGAAUAUUUUCGUUCAUAUCUAAGUGGCAUAAGGCGUUAUUUCUUCAAGGAUAAUGACGAUAGUAAAUUACAGAAGCGGCGUGCACUUUAUCGCAGGCUACAACUCUUACAUCAACUACUUAAAUCAACAUUUGGUCUAACUUUAAUUUGGUGCCUGAUAAAAUUGUACUUCAACAUUUUUAAAAUAAUACCGAAAAUUGCAUUUUAACUAUGCAAAUUGCAA